AUGGCUAGCAGAAAACUUGUCCGGGAUUUAUUCCGCUCGAAACACCCUCUUUUUCGUCAGCUAUUAGAAGCUGAACAGGUUUCAAGCAGAUAUACACGGCUACGUUUGGUUCCGCCAAAUGGGUAUUCCUUUAGACGCGAGUUCAGCGUGUUUAAUGAGUUCUCCAAGAAGAUUAAAGGUGAAGUUGACAGUAACGAGGAAUUUAAAAAAUCGGUGAAGGAAUUGAAGGAGAAAGCAGAAGAGCUGAAAGGUGUGAAAGAAGAUCUGAAAGUUAGAACUAAGCAGACUUCUGAGAAGUUGUACAAGCAUGUGGAUGGCGUUUGGAUGGAGGCUGAAGAGAAGGCCAAAAAGGUAUAUUCUGAUAUGGAGGAAAAGAUUUCGGCUGCAAAAGUAGAGGUAAAAGGAACUUUUGGUAUUGGACCGCAAGAUUCUCAAGAAAGAGAUGGCACAUCGGCUGAUCACAGCUCAAAUGACAAAGAUGGAAGUAAUUCUGCAUUCAGAGAAGAAAAGCAGCAGGGACAAAAGCAGCAAUCUGAAUAUAGCGAUCCUGCGGAAACAAUAUUUGGCAAGGUUAAGUCUGGUGUUUCUUCCAUCUCUCCUAAAGUUUCAUUGGCCUUCCUUAAAAUGAAGGAAGCAAAGCCCAUUGACUUGGUGAAGAAGGGCUACGAAAUUGUGAAGGAUGAGUUGAAAGGUAACCCAAACAGGAGAAAGCGAUUGGAAUAUGAUGCAUCUUCGGCUUCCUCGUCGCCAAAAGUUGAAAGAAGCACACGGACGGAUGUUGUUGUGUUACCCUCAAAGCAGUCCGCAUGGAGUAAGAAAUGGGAGGCAUUCAAGGAAAAGAUGCAAGGACAUCCUAUAUUCAAGCGUGUCAGUGGGAUAAGUGAGCCUGUAAUUGGAAAGAGCCAAGAGAUUGCAGAGGAUAUGAGAGAGAGAUGGGAGACUAGUGAUCACCCAGUUGUUCACAAAAUCCAAGAUAUCAGCGAAACUGUUCUGGGAGAAUCAGAUGCAGCCAUGUCAUUCAAGGAAAUUCGUCGCAGAGACCCGACAUUCUCUCUACCAGAAUUUGUGGCUGAAGUUCAAGAGGUGAUCAAACCAGUUCUCAAUGCUUACUUCAAAGGAGAUGUUGAAGUUUUAAGCAAGUAUUGUAGCACUGAAGUGAUUGAGAGGUGUAAAGCGGAGCUUAAAGCAUUUGAAAGUCAGGGAAUCUUUUUUGACAACAAGAUACUACACAUAUCAGAAGUUGAAGUUCGAGAGACUAAAAUGAUGGGGGACACUCCCAUAAUCAUUGUGGCAUUCCAAACACAACAAGUCUAUUGUAUACGUGAUAGACUUGGAUCAAUAACGGAAGGUGGCCAGGAUACCAUCCACACAGUAUAUUAUGCUUGGGCCAUGCAGCAACUAGAUCCCGAAGAACUUGGAGAUGGUGCUCCUUACUCGAUAUGGAGGCUUAGAGAAAUGCAGCAGCUUGGAGUCCGAGCCCUUAUUUGA